AUGUGUAUGAAAAGACCAACAUCACCAAUAGACUCAGCAUCUAUACAAGAUACAUAUGUGAUAAAUCCAAGACGAAAUGAUAUAAUUCCAUCCAUACCAAUUCUAAUCGAUGCCCCAAGUGAACCACAAAUAGAUCUCAAAUCUGACUUAAAACAACCAUACUACGAUGAUAUUGAUGAUGAUGACAAUAUGAAUGAAAAGAGAGAUUUUAAAUUAGAUGAAGAAGAAUAUCUCCUCGGUACUACUCCAUUGCCAACUCCAACUAUUUCAAAAUCAAAUACGAAACGAAAUCAACUUAUAGUUAAUCUCAUGACUAUUUUAAUUAAUUCAUUAAUAAUGGGAUUUCUUCUUUACAGGAGAUAUUAUUCCAAUUAG